UGAUGCAUUUUCACCUCCACGACACUGCGUCGCUGUUCUACAACUUCCGCUUCGAAUGUGCUUUGCCUCAUGCUAUGCACUACAAGCAAAGCAAAUACUGCAUAUUCGCCACCAUCAUCAACAAGAAGAGAAAAUGGAGGUCAUACCGUUACACUGACCGUAGGCCGAACGAUCUUAAUGCUAACAAAUCAGUAUCUUAAAUAGAAGAGUUCCAGUCAUCGUCUUCAUAGCACACAGAUAUACUUUUUGAAAAAUAGUGUCUCUCUGCUAUGGAGGAGAGUGUGAGCUCUGAGCUGGCUCAAGCCCCUGAGCCUGAGCCCAGCCAGGAUCCUGUGGAUACCAGCUCACAAGAACCAACAUCGGUCUCAGGAGAAGUCAAAGAUCAAAAAGACCAAGGUGAUGUUAGUGAAGACAAAGUAGAGGACCUUGACAAUUCUGCAAAGCCCUCACGUGAGUUUAAGAAGACUUGGGGCUUUCGUCGGACUACCAUUGCUAAAAGGGAAAUCCCUGGAGAAAUGGCAGUGGAGACCCCAGAGGGCAAGGGCGCCCCAGUGCGUCGCAGCGGCCGGCAGGCGAAACGCACAGACAAACUGGAAGAGUUUCUGGUCACUGUGAAGCGAGGAAGAGGAACUGGCAGGAAAAGUUGUCCCUCACGACUUGAGGGAGGAGAUCCUCCAUCCCAGACCCCAACCGAUGCCGAAACGGCCUCCGAAGCCAGCUUUGAUGGAAAUGCAGAUGCUAAAAUAGAGGAACAGAAAGUGGCCUCACCAGAGAAAAAGAAAAGGGGUCGGGGAAGGACGAGGAGUGCAGUGAAGCCUAAAGCUGGCUCGGUGAGUGACGAUGGCAGCUCUGAAAACGAAGAAAAGGCCACCAUUGAGGUAACGACAGAGACGCAAGAAAAUGUUGAGACUGCGGGUAGUGCUGGAGAUGGAAAGGAUGUUGAAGCAAAAGAAGAACAAGCGAAGGAUGAGGUGAUGAAAGACGAGGAAGGUGAGGAGGACUGUGAUAAGAACAAAGAGAAGACCUCAAACGAGUCCAUAAAUAGACGUCCUACUAGAGCAGUCAGUAAAGACUCCAAAAGAGACACUAAACCCAAAGUAGGAGUGAAGCUCCGCAACGAGAAGAAAGAAGAGGAGGAGGAGGAGGAUGAUGAUGAUGAUGAUGAAGAGUCUUCGUCCAGUGAGUCUGACAGUGAUGGUUAUGACCCAAAUGCACUUUACUGCAUCUGCAGGCAGAAACACAACAAAAGGUUUAUGAUCUGCUGUGAUCGCUGUGAGGAGUGGUUUCAUGGCGACUGCGUUGGCAUCUCUGAGGCACGUGGCCGACUGAUGGAGAGAAACGGAGAGGACUAUGUCUGUCCAAACUGCUACACACAGAAGGGACAGGUUUCCAAGACUGGUUCUUCCACAGCAGCUGCAGAGAAUGGCAAACGGCCAGUAGCUGGCCUUCGUAAAAGUGAGACCGGUCUUGCUACACCAUCUAGCACUGUUGCAGCCACCACAGAGGAGAAAGCUUCUGAUGACCUGGGUAUCAAGGGCAGGAUCGAGAAGGCUACCAAUCCUAGUGGGAAAAAGAAAAUAAAGAUUUUCCAGCCGCAGGUAUCUGCAGUUGAGGGAUCUUCCCUCCCAAAGUGCAUCGGCCCUGGCUGCGAGAGAGAUGCGUUCCCUGACUCUGUCUACUGUGGGAACGACUGCAUACUCAAACACGCCGCUGCCGCCAUGAAGACCAUCACUACAGAUGGAAAAGACUCCAAACAGAAAGAGAGGGGCAGGCCCAAAGCACAGAAAAAGACCACAAAUAAAACACCAAAUAAGAGGAGGUCUGGCACACAAAGGAGGUCAUCUAACCAAGGGGAUGAGGAGGAGUCAGAGUCUGGGACUGAGGAAGAUGAUGACAAUGAUGAAGACAAGCAUACAGAGGAGCAUCCACCGCCACCAGCCAUGUCUUCCUGGUCCAGUGACCAUAAUUACAUUGCAGUAACGCCUGAAAAGACUUCACCCAUAUCAGCAUCUGUUUUAAACAAAACGUCAGCUGCCCAAAAAGAUAAAGAAAAGGAGGACAAUGAAGAAGUCAAGCCAGAGAAGGAAACGGUGUCCGCUGACAAGAAACCACCUGCUUCAAAUGUUGCUCCCAAAAGUGGGAAGAAGUCUCCUGGCUCCAAGGGGACAAAGGCAGCUGCUGCCACCACCUCGCCUCUUCCCAAAGGCAAAACAAGUGCAGCACCUUUGAGCAGCGGAAGAGAGUUAAGAAAACAGCCUAUACCCAUACAAGCCAAGCCAAAAAAGCCAGGACCUCCCAUACCACCAAUUCCGGUUUUAUCACCUUUAGGCCCCCCGGGAUCUCGCCACCAUGUGUCUGGAGCUCUCCGUGUGGGCAAGAGCACCUUUACUAUUCCAAAAAAGCAGCCACAGGCGGGGCAAAAGGACUCUGCAGAGCCUGGUCCGUCUCCAAACUCUAGAACCCCACCAUCACCAGUGUCAUCCACCCAGCACUCAGCACCUAGACCAACCCAACCCACUGCACCUGCUGCUUCUCCACAGCCACCCCCCAACAACCAGAUGAGAUCCAACAUCAGACGAUCACUGACUGAUAUCCUAUAUAAAAGGGUCAGUGACAGUGAUGAUCUUUCCAUGUCUGAGAGCGAAGUGGGAAAGUUGGCGGUCAGCAUUGAGAAGGAGAUGUUUAACCUUUAUAUGAACACUGAUAACAAAUACAAGAACAAGUACAGGUCCCUUAUGUUCAAUCUAAAGGACCCUAAAAACAAGGGCCUUUUCUAUCGUGUGGUUGGUGGCGAGAUCAGUCCUUUCAGGCUGGUGAGAUUGAGUCCAGAAGAACUUCUUUCCAAGGAGAUGUCAGACUGGAGAAAAGAGAUCUCUGAGAGUCUGGAUGUGAGUGGGAGAUCCCAGUCAGGACAGCCCAAAAGUGGAUCCAGACAGGAGGGUGCUCCCACACAUGUGGACAUGGAGGAAGCUCCUCCUCCUAUGUCUGAUGGAGAUGUAUGUAUGCCUGCCACUUCCCAAUCUUCCCACUUGGGUUCUGCUGCUGACUCCCAUGAGGACACGUGGCCUACUUCUGUACCACAAGCCUCAGUCUCUACUGGGAAAGGCAGUUCAAUGCCAGAUAUCUUCAGUAGUAUGCUAAAAGACACUACAGCAGAGCACAGGGCUCAUCUCUUUGACCUGAACUGCAAGAUCUGUACAGGCCAGAAGUUGGCAGAUGAUGAGCCACCAUCUAAAAAAACCAAAAUGUCUGUGCCUAAAAAGCCAGAGCAAUAUUUUAAGCCUAAAUCAGAGCCAAGACCAUCCAAAUUCCCCGCUGAUCUCCCUCAGGUUUCCUCUCUUUCUGGUCUUGAGGCGCCCAUGUCUGAUUCUACAUCUGUGGUGGAAGAUCCAAGCAGUGUAUUUCCUGUGGUUCAGGCCCCAGUCCCUGCUGUUGUACCUGCAGUCUCUUCCGUUACAAUAACUCGGAGGGAUCCUCGUACUGCUGGUCACCGCUCAUCUGUGCCUCAGAUAGUUCCUGAUGCUGUUGUCCCUGUUGUGCCAGCAAAUAUUCCUAUCUCUGUUGAACCUGUGGUUGUAGAAGCAAAGGGACCUUUGCCUAUGCCCCCUCCUGCCCCAGCAUCUAUACCCAGACCUGUGAUCCCGAAACCAGCUUCUUAUGGGUCCGGUACUGCCAGUGUGUCAGAGCCCCCUCCUGAGGGUGAAACCGCUUUGUUCUUAUCUGGACAAGAGAUGAUGUGGAAAGGAUUCAUAAACAUGCACUCUGUUGCCAAGUUUGUCACAAAAGCCUACUUGGUGUCAGGAUCAUUUGAGCAUAUUAAGGAGGACUUGCCUGACACUAUUCAUAUUGGUGGUAGAAUAUCACCACACACUGUAUGGGAUUAUGUGGGAAAGUUGAAGACUUCACUUUCAAAAGAACUCAGCCUCAUUCGUUUCCAUCCAGCAACUGAAGAGGAGGAGGUGGCAUAUGUGUCUCUGUUUUCUUAUUUCAGUAGCCGUAAGCGGUUUGGAGUUGUGGCAAACAGCAACAAGCGCAUUAAAGACCUUUACCUCAUCCCUCUGAGCUCAAAAGACCCGCUUCCUGCGAAACUUCUGCCAUUUGAUGGACCAGGGCUAGAACCAGCUCGUCCCAAUCUCCUUCUGGGGUUGUUAAUUUGCCAGAAGGACAAAAAGCGUCCUGGAGCUCCUCUAGAGAAUGAGGAAAAACGAUCUAAAACUCUAAGAGAUGAUGAGACAGGCCUUCCAAAACCAUCCACUACUAGUAAAUCUGAAAUAAAACAGGACAAAGUUCUUCGAUCUAGUCUGGAUGCCAUAAGCACAACUUCCCCAGGCACCCCUCCACCCCUCAGUGCCUCCGAGUCUUCAAGUUCUGUCUCAACUGUGUUUUCAAUACUGUCCUCUGUGAAAGCACCUGGUGUCAGCACUAGCACAGGCAGUAAUUCUCCAUCCUCCAAUAUCUCAGCAGCAUCUACGGCUUCUUCCACACCACUUCAGACUAUCCUGAAAACACUUUUUGGCAAGAAGCAAGAUUCUGAUGUCUCGUUAUCACCUUCAGAUCAAAGUGCUGUCGACGUCUCUGUGCCUUCUGUGUCCCUGUUAGAUCCAAUUGUAAAGCAGUUUGCAAUAACCAAGGGUAGAGAGGUAGAAGUACAGGAUGAUAGACCAUAUGAUCCUGAGGAAGAAUAUAACCCAGCUGUUGGCUAUAAUACAGAAAAUACUCAUGAUACAACAAAAGUAACUGCUGCAGUAAAGCAAGCAGAGGUCAACUCUGUGGUGGAUGAUGUAGCUUAUGACCCUGAGGAUGACUCUCUUUUUGAUGAUGUUGAUCCAAGUGCUAAGAAAUUAACUGAGCAUCAAAAGGUGCUUGAAGAAAAACAGACAGAGGAACAGAAGCACGAGGACCCAAUUCAACAAAUACCAGAGACUUUGAUUUCACAGCCCGUUACAUCUCUGUUGGCUAACAGUCAACUGCUGCAGCUUGGUAAAAAGGUUGAAGAGUUGGUGGUGAAGAGUUCAGCUGCUCCAAUUAUUAACCAGAGAAGAGACCCAAGGCAGAGUAGAGACCCUAGACAGGCAUCUGCAUGUAGAAGACAGACGUCUGAUUCCACAGAAGCAGAGGAAGAAUCUCCUCUUACUACAGACAAACUAUCUCCUCAACAAGGUACAGCGACAGAGACAUCACUAACACAAGCAUGCACAGUUUCAGACACACAAACUGCACAGUUGGACACUACCGAGGAUACAUCAGUAGAGGAACCUUCUGCAACCACAGAUUUACCCCUAUUGCAAGUCACUGCCACCUUAGAUUCAGUGCAGCCUGCCAUCCAGAAGCCAGAAACAUCCAAGUCUGAAGAAGGGGGUGGGAGUGAAGAAGGAAGCAAGACUGAAGAGGUGCCUUUUCUUGAUACAAAGAGCACAGAGGUUUCAAUUCCAUUACUAGGGGAAAAGAUUGACCCAGAGUUAGUUGAAAGCUACAUGGAAAAAGAGCUUGAAGAGGAACUCAAAACAAAGGAUGAACCCAUUGAAUCUGAGAUCAAAAGUUUUGAGGAGGUUUGGCCUAAUUCUGCCAGUAUUUUAAAAGCUGAUAAAGUUUCAUCCAUUGGACAGGCUGUUUUAAAAGCUGAUCAGGUUUCAUCCAUUGGGAAGCCUAUUGAGACCACUGCAACCACAUAUUAUAACAUUUCAACAAUCAGUACUUCAUCUACUUCUUUACACUUAGGAGUGCCACAAGAUGUCAUCCAAGACAACUCAUCUUAUAUGGAUUCUCACAGUUCCCAUAUACAGCACAUACCAACAACAAACCCUGCUAACAUUCCACCUCCAAUGUCUUUUCCUCCUCCUAUUGGGCCUCCACCUAUUCUUGGUCCACCUCCCAUCCAAAGCCCACCACCAAUGACUGUUCCACCACCUAUGCAUCUCCCUCCUCCAAUGUCAGGUCCACCGCCAAUACAGAUUCCCCCAAUUCAAGGUCCACCUCCUCCCCUUGGGGAUAGUGAUCAUUCUCAGUAUCCACCACCUGGAUCAUAUCCGCCUUUCCAGAAUCAGUGGGGGGGUAGCAGUUCUCAGUUUGAUGCAGCUCCAAGAGGUCCACCACCUCCUAAUUUUACACCAAGAGGACUACCUCUAUUCCAGCCAAUGGGUCAGAGAGGUCCCCCUCCUCAGAUAUUUGACAAUUCCAUGAAUUCAAUGCCCCCUCAGCAUAUCGGACCAAGAGGCCCACCUGCAGGGCCUCUACCACCCGGGCCACCUCCCAGCUUUGAUGGACAAAGGUUUAAUGGGCCUCCACCACCUUUUAACUUCUCUGCACCCAGAGGUCCACCUCUACCAUUUCCUGGUCCCCCUCUAAAUCACUUUGAUAAUAGAGCACCACCACCAUCCCACUUCCCUGGUCCAAGAGGUCCACCUCCACUUCAUAACAUUGGGGAUCAUGGCCCUCCAUCUAAUAUGUCAAGAGGGCCUGGUGAUCAAUUUGAAGAUGGUGGAAACUCUUAUCAUCAGGGAUUAGAGAAGCCCCAGAUACCUUCACAAGGGCCUUCUUUUAGGGGACCACUGCCAAACCACUUUGAUGGACGAAGGGGACCCCCUGGACCUUCAGGUGAAAUGUCGGGACAGCGAUUUCCACCUCCAAACCAAUUCCGUGGUUCACCUCAACACAGGGGAUCAUUUGAGGAACCACGGGGAACUUCAUCUCAAGACUUUGAAAGGCACCGGGGACCAUCAGUGCAGCAGUUUGGUGGCCCGAGAGGUCCACCACCAGGACAUUAUGAUAAGGAACCUGUUGGUCAGCCAGCACGAUUUAACUACAAUGAUGACACCCCAGGUGAUGUUCGAGAUGUUAGACCUGUUCGUGGACCUCUGCUUCCAACACCUCCUGAAGGUCCCAUCCCAAUACAGGGCCGUAUAGGUGGACACAGCCCAGACACCCACCGUGAUGACCACUGGAGACGGCACUCCCCUGAAAUGAGGAGGCGAAGCUGUUCCUCCAGAGAUAGUUCAGAGCCACAUAACCGUCCAAGUAGAUUUGAUGGUGGUUCACGUGACAGAGAUGCCUCCUCAAGGUUGUCUGAAGAGAGACAGCGGGAUUUGUCUGAAGAUAGAAGAAGAGACCGAGAUCGAGAAGGUGGUCAUGGUGGACGAUCAUGGGGCUGGAACAGGGAGCACGAGUAUGACCGGGGCAGAGAAAGGGAUCGUGAAAGAGAUCGAAGCAGGGAAAGAGAUAGGGAGCGGGGCCACACCAAGGAAAGGGAGAGAGAACACAGUAGAGAGAGGGAUCGCAGUAAAGGCAGAGAAUCUGACCGAUACAGAGAUGGAGAUGGAGACAAGAGGAGAGACCGGGAUCGAGACAGGGACCGCGGCAGGGAGAGAGAUCAAGACCGAAAAGACCAUGACCGAGACAGAGCAAAGAACAAAGACAGAGAAAGAGACCGUGACAGAGAUCGAGACAGCAGGGACAGGAGAAAGGAACGCUCAAGGAGUCGUGAACGAGAACGUGGAAAAGAUCGUGACAGAAGAGAUCGUGUCAGAGAACGUGACAAAGACAGAGGUAAGGAGAAAGACAGAGACAGACGGGACAGAAGCAGGAGCAAGGAAAAGAAAGAUGACAAAAAAGAAAGAUCUGACAGCUCAAGGGCAAAGUCUACAGAAUUUGAAAACCCAUCAUGAAGGUCAUUCAUCUUGACUGUUGACUUUUUUUCUUUCUUUCUAAAUUUGCAUGGGUUUGAACGUUGCGCUUGAAGGUCUCUUUUGUACUCUUUUCUUGCCGAAUAUUUUAUGCUUUUUACUUACAAGUCCUUGAUGUUAACAUCUUCAGGUGUACAUCUUAUGUGAUGAUAAUUUUGUCAGCACAACAUACACUCUCCCUGUACUUCUAUUUUAAAGAAAAAUAUGGAAAACUUCACUGAUAAGAAUAAAACAAGACUGUAAAUAUGUAUUUGUGUAUAUACAGGUACGUUUUUAACUACUUUUUUCUAAAUAGAGAAGUCAUGAGCCAUAUAGCUUUAAAAUUAUGUUUAAAGGAAAAAAUGUCUUCAAAAGAAAGUCUUUGUAUGGUAAAAGCGUAACCAGCAUUUAAUGAAUGUGUCUAAAGGCUAUUGGUAAUGAUUGACCUGAAGCCACUCCUUAUGUUCAUUACAUUUGUUCAAUUAAAUUCUCUGUGAUAAUAC